UCAACUCCCUCUCUCUCUCUUGCAGGGUUCUUCCAGAUUUGGAUUAGAAGGUUUUCAGAACCGCAGUGUUCUCUAGGUGUCAGUUUCUGGGAUGUCCAAGGCAGGUGGCCUUGGGGGGCUCGGCCCCGAAACACAGACCACCAGAACAGAUAAGUCCACGUCUUAAAGACUGCACAAGCCUCUAAAGAUGGACACAUCCACAUGUAGAGACUCCCACACAGCUGCAUGAAAGAGAGGCCAGAUGUCACCUCUGCUGGAAUCACUUUUUAUUGAACCAACGUCUUUUUCUCCCUCUACAGCCCCCCAAUAUUGACAUUCCAUCAAACGAAUAAUAAUCCAUUCAUGUAUUUAGCACUACAGAUCUACAAGUGGAGAGCAGUCCUGCCCCCCCCCUUCAACACCAUGGUAGGUGCAGGCUUGGGUGUUUGGAAGCUAAUGCGAGGUGUCCGCCAGCUGGAGCUUCACCGCCUUAUCCUGGCACUUAUCAUCUUCUGCUUACUGUCCAUGGCCUUCCUAGCUUACUAUGUCUCCAACAGCCCAAAAAUCAAGGAGGCCCCCCCUUUACCCUUUAGUGACUGUGGUGGAGGAGGAGGGAUUUCACCGGGUGUGAGUACUGGGGACGCCGGAGGGGGGCCAGGUAUCCAGAGGGCCCCGCUUUUUCUUCCACAGCGCGAGGGUCGACUACGACAGGUAAAGGCGGUGGACAUUUCCAGGACAGACGCCGUGGUUCUGGUGUUUGUAGAGAGCAUCUACUCCCAGCUGGGCCAGGAGAUUGUAGCAAUAUUAGAGUCAAGCCGCUUCCACUACCGGACAGAGAUUGCUCCUGGUAAAGGAGACAUGCCCACAUUGACAGAGCAUAACCGUGGACGUUACACACUAAUCAUCUAUGAAAAUGUUUUGAAAUAUGUCAAUCUGGAUGCUUGGAACCGUGACUUGCUGGACAAGUACUGCGCUGAGUAUGGAGUAGGAGUCAUUGGCUUUUUCAAAGCUAAUGAAAACUCUCUUCUCAGUGCACAGCUCAAAGGCUUCCCGCUCUUUCUUCACUCACACAUGGGUCUCAGGGACUACCGCAUAAACCCCAAUGCUCCUCUACUCUUCAUCACCAAGCCCAACCAGGUGGAGCAAGGCCCUUUACCAGGGGACGACUGGACCAUUUUCCAGUCCAACCACUCUACCUAUGAACCAGUGCUUCUGGCCAGCACCAUGUCCUCCGAGGCACUGGCCCAUUUUGGUCCUGGCCCCCUGCGGGCGCUCCACGCCACAGUGGUCCAAGACUUGGGGCUCCACGAUGGCAUUCAAAGAGUUCUCUUUGGAAAUAAUCUUAACUACUGGCUUCACAAGCUGGUGUUUGUAGACUCCAUUGCCUACCUGACGGGGAAGAGACUGUGUUUGUCCUUGGACCGCCACAUGCUGGUGGACGUGGAUGAUAUAUUCGUUGGCAAGGAGGGAACCCGCAUGAAGGUGUCAGACGUGGAGGCACUGCUCAACACUCAAAACAAGCUGAGAGCACUGGUCCCUAAUUUCACCUUCAAUUUGGGAUUUUCUGGAAAGUUCUAUCACACAGGUACUGAUGUAGAGGAUCGUGGAGAUGACAUGCUGCUGCAACACAGGAUGGACUUCUGGUGGUUUCCUCACAUGUGGAGCCACAUGCAGCCGCACCUCUUUCACAACGUCAGCGUCCUGGCUGAGCAGAUGAGGCUCAACAAGAUCUUUGCUCAGGAGCAUGGGAUCCCCACAGAUAUGGGCUAUGCAGUGGCUCCGCACCACUCUGGGGUUUACCCAGUUCACAGCCAGCUCUAUGAGGCCUGGAAGUCUGUGUGGAGCAUCAAGGUGACCAGCACUGAGGAGUACCCUCACCUGAGGCCAGCCCGGUACCGCCGCGGGUUCAUCCACAAUGGCAUCCAGGUCAAACCUGUACUUCACCCUGAGGAGACACUGGUGCUGUCACACCUCACAGUGAGAUUUAUCGGCAGCAAUAUGAGAGGCUGUAUGAUUCCCUCAUACCUCUCUCCUCACUCCGGGGGUCAUUGA